AUGUGUAUCGAAAAGUGUAUCAGCAUUUGCGGAGUUCUGUUCCCCAAGGACUUCAGAGAUGCAAUUUUUGAAAAGAAUGGCUCCGUUUGGGUCGAUCACGAAACCGCAGUGAUUGACCUUCCCUGGGAUGCAGCGGAGUUCGAUUACUUCAACUACCUCAGGGAAAAGUGUACCUGGGAUCCUCCUUUUGUGCACCAGACCCAGGAUUUCUAUGAGUACAGAUUACUGCAAUUCAAGCGCUAUAACUGGAAGAAGGCUCAGAAGGAAAGGCUUGUGAAGAUCCGUGUGAAGAGAGCCAAGCCGCAGGCUCCUGAGCCCAAGCCAGUCAUUCUGGAGACCGUUGAACCGGUUCCAGAAGUUUCUGAGAAGAAGCCAAUUCCUGAAGCCUCCGUGGCUUCCACCGAUGUGGGUACUUUGAAGGCCUCGACCAGGGCCAUUGAAGUUACUGAAUGCCCACCACAAACCACUUCCCCCAAGAAGGUUUCAAACAACGACAAGGUCUCUGUGUCUUCUCCCACAGAAAAGCCUUACCCUAUUAUUUCCCAGAGUUUCCUUGCCGAGACUCUGAAGACCGUUUCAGUUUCCACAAACGCGAAGGAAGCUGGAACCAAGGAUUCCGGGUGCCCUCCACCUUCCCAAACCCGGGUUUCCAAGGCUGCGAAGCAAGAGGAAAAGGCUGCCAGAAGGGCUGCUAAGCAGGCAGAAAAAGCCAAGAAGCAGGCCGAGCAGCAGACCAAGAAACAGGCAGAAAAGGCUGCAAUGGAAGCCGAACAGGCUGCAAUCGAAGCUGCAAGGGAAGCUGAACAAAAGCUUGCAGCAGAAGCCGCAAAGCAAGCAGAGCAGGCUGCAAAGGAAGCAGAGCAGAAGCAGGCGGAACAGGCUGCCAAGGAAGCGGAAGAAGCUGCAAAGGAGAAGUUGAGAUUAUCCAAGUCCCGCUUGCCUCCAACACCAAAGCAGUUUAGACGUCGUUACUGGAACGUCAAGCAGCUCGAGGUCCGCAACCACUACUUGCCAAACUACAGCGACCAAUUCUCGACCAUGCUUAUCCAGGUGGAUGACGAUGAGUCUGACCGCUUGGAGCAGGACGAUGGAGAGGAUGUCUUCGAGUUCCUGGUGAACGUCGAGGUUUUGGAGCCCGUUCGCAAGAAUCCAGAACCUAAGCACGAUGUCCCAGAGCCGGAGCCUGUUCCAGUGCCUGAACAGCCUGAACAGCCUGAAGAGAAGUUUUUGGUGCCUGAAACCGAGGUGCCAGAACCUGAAACCAUGGUUUUGGAACUUGAGUCCAAGGUGCCUAAGCCUACAAUCAAUUCGCUGAAGCCCAAGAACACCAAUGUCUAUUGGCUUGGCGACUUCCCACUCUUCAUGCUGACGUUGGCCCCAAAGCAGUAUGUCACCUACCUUCCUGGAGACUUUUUCAAGGCUCGGGAGCUUUUCUACCCAAAGGAGACUGAAUCCUUUUUGCCUGGUGACUUUGCUGGCUUCAAGGCCCUCACCAAGAAUCAGUCGGAAUACUUCCCCUCCGACUUUUUCUCUUUGUGGAAUGAAACACUUCCACACAAGACAAGGCCUGUCAGAACCUCGAGGCCUGUCUGGGGUUACACCAUCACCAAUACCAGGAGACAUUCUUACGGUUUUGAGUUGGUGUUACCCAAGCUAAUGAAGCUUAUGUUUGCUCCAUUGUGCUGA